AUGAAGUUCAAGGCAUCUUUGCGCUUGGAUACCCUCCAGUACCUUCUGGGGGCCACUGCCGCACUCGCUCGCAUGGCAAAGAUAGGCGCUGCAAGCCGAUCGACGUCUUCGGCCUUGGGGGCACCCAUAUGCUACCUAAAACUAACGCCUAGUCAAGUUUUCCUCAACGUGCGACACUGCGAUGAAAUGGAAGCCUACGUCGAGGCUGAGGCCAGGGCACUCUUCCACCCCGGCUGGGUAAUUGAGAGCAAGCGUCAGAACAACAUUGGACUGGUCGUGGACAUCCUUCACUUACACAAUACUCUAAAACUGGCCUCGCACUGCAGCAGGAUCACCAUGAAACUCGCCAAACGGCAAGGUCAGGGUGUCCUCUCUUUCGAUUUCACGGAUGCACUCAUGGAAAAUCUCUGGAUUACUCAGGACUGUCCCGUACAGACACUUCAAGGGGAGGACGUCGACACCGCCGGCACGCCAGAUAUUCCUGCCUGCGAGUGGAACGUGGAAGCUCCGAGGCUGCGUCUGGUCCUCAGCGUUCUGGAUCGGAUGUCACGGUUAAAGGCGGAAUCGGUCAUGGUCGAUGUCACACCAUCUGCAGCCGACGACGGACUGUGUGAACUAACGUUUAUUGGGGAACAACCUACCGAGCCCCGUGUGUCACGGUGUUUCAAGACACGACGCCUCGCUGCAGCCCUCAGGGUGGCUCUCGAUAUGGCGCAUGGACGGAGCAAUGACGGCCUCGUCGCCUGCGUCAUCCCAGAAGACGAACACUCGUAUCCGUGGGCCUGCGUAGUUUUCCAUUCCUCCAAGCGCGUGGAUCGGGAGAAUCGGCGUUGCGGCGUUGCCGACAGUCAUAUGAUCUUCGUCUUCGCGCCGAGCGGCCGAACGUCGCAUGCAUAA